AUGAAAGUGUGCCGCUGCGGUCCUGGAAUCAAUCUUGCCUCUGCUUUCUACUUUUUGUUUAGCAUCAUGACAAAAGACUACGAGGGCGACCCAUUGGAGCAGUUUGCUGACGAAGCCCACCGCAUUCGCGAUGCAAUCGGCCCCUACAUCCUCGACGUCGAACACGUUGGCUCCACCAGCAUCCCGGGCCUUGCUGCCAAACCCAUCAUUGAUAUCCAAGUUGUCGUCGCUGACUUCUCCCAGCUCGCCCAGUGCAUUCCAGCUAUGCAGCAGCUUGGGUAUAGAUACAAAGGUCUGUACGGUAUCGUGGGCCGCGAGUACUUUAAACGUCCUCUGUACCACGUGCACAUGGUGCAGAAGGGCAAUGGUGAAUAUACGAGAAAGAAGCUGUUCCUCCAGUAUCUGAGGGACCAUCCGGAUGUGCUGGACGAAUACGCCAAGCUCAAGAAGCAGAAUUCCAUCCUGGCAUACAAUGCCGACAAGACAGACUUUAUCAUGGGCGUGCUGAGGAAGGCUGGAUGGGAUGUCGACGGCAGAAAAUCCGACUAUCUCGAGCAUUGA